GUAUUAUUUAUAGAUAUCAUCGCGUAAACGGUUUUUACCGAUAUACAUAUGCACUGAAUAUUUACUAAAUUUCAUUCAGUGACUUUUUGUAAUACAAAACAGGUGUUAAAGUGUUUUCAACGUACACAGAAAAAUAAGCGCUAUUUCAGAAAAAUACCGCUAAUUUUUAACUUUUACAUAUUUAAAGUAUUAUUAAAUACACAGUUAUAAAUACGAUUCUCUAAAACCAUCAUUCGAAAUGGCGCAGAUUGCAACAAGUAUGGCCAAUGCAUUUAGUAAUGAAUCGGAGAUGAAAGCCAUGGACGCUAACCGAUAUGCGACUAAGAAAACAAUCGCUCAAGGUAUGCUGGAUAUCGCCCUUCUCACCGCCAAUGCGUCCCAAUUGAAAUAUAUACUUCAAGUUGGGGACCAACAUCAGUUUUAUAAACUAAUGCUGAUAAUGAUAAGUCUUUCGAUAAUCUUACAGGUUUUAUCCGGAGCCUUAAGUCUUAGCUUAAGUCUAAUGCGAGAUUGUAGAAUGGAUAAACCUGAAUAUUAUCAGUCAGCUAAUGUUAUUAAUCAUAUUCGCACAGGAUUCGCCUUUCUUACUGCUACCAUAAAUUUAUUCAUUUCGGCUUUUGAUACGCGUUUGCCUUUUCUCAGUGGGGGCAAGUGAAGGAACAAAAAUAUUAAGAUAAUUUAACAUGUUCGUAAACGUAUGUACAAAAUAUUGAUAGUGGGCUAGUGUGCGGACACGGUAACAUGAAACUGAUAUUUUGUAAAACAUAACUCUUGGAAAGCUCUUAUUUCUUAGUUUAAAAAAGUUAGAUUUAAUAAAUUGUAACAUCAGAUUAAAUACCAUAAAGUUGAAUGAAAAUAUUUACUAUGCUAUUAUAUUAUAAUGGAAAUGACGUCAUCAUUGCCCAUCUCUUGGCAUAUUAAAUUUAAAUAAAAAGCUAAACUACUGGACUUAACUUUCUAAUUUGCAAUUUAAAUUUUUCUCAAAGUGACGCGAUUCGUUCAAUAAAAUAAUUAUCGUUUGAAUAAUUAAUUCAAAAUUAAGAAUAUAUCAAUAUUAAUCCUGACAUUAGUUAUGUAUUUUACUGGUUAGAAAUAGAAAUAAUGAUUUUUGCAUUUCGAUUAUCCGAGGAUAUAAGCUCCUAAAAGUAUGCGAAAGUUCGAAAUAUAUUUUUCGGACAAUACUCUAGUUUUUCCUAUGUUUUACCAGAGAACGUAAAUGAAUAGAGAAGGAGCAAAUGUUAACUGAAAACUUUUUGAGUACUAAUUUGUAGUUCCAGAUGAGGGAACAUCGAAAAAUAUAACUUCGAAAAAGAAAAAUACACCACACAAUAUGCGAAAUGCUAUAAAUAGACACAACGAAUAUUCCUAUAUGAAAAAUCGUUGCGCAUACCUAUUUAGAUUUAUGUUUUCAAUUUCUAUGAUAUGACAAAUUUAUAAUUAUGAAAAGCCUUCUGAAUUAAAAAUCUGUAUUACCGGUAAAAACCCUUGCGCGUUUUCGAUGUUCCUUCUUAGCAAUUAACAUUUUAGUACUGCUAACAUUUGCUCCUUCUCUACUCUUCAACAUUCUCUGGUUUUACGGUUAUUUAGUAUAUAUGUAUAUAUAUUUUAACAUAUCUAGCUAUAAUAGGGUGGGUCAAAAACCAAAAAUGAUUUUUCGUCGCUCUAAAAACUUGGUUAAUACCUUUAAGAAGAGGCUCUCCAAGUUUGAGCUCUUUCAAAUAUGAAUUUUCCUAUCUGAUAAUAGGAAAAUCGAUUUUCUAUUUUUUCUUAUUUUCAGAUAUGAAUAUUUUUAUAUGAUUAUAAAAAAAAUAUAUAAAACCGUUAGGCGGAGGAUCUUUCCGUCAAAAUUAAGAGUUCAUACUUUCUUAAAGGUGUCUAUCAACCAAUUAUUCAGAAAACGAAGCAAAAAAACAUUAGUUUUUUUUUACAUACCCUAAUGUUGAAUGUAUAUGUACGAAAUAUGUAUACGGAAGUAACUAAAUUAUAUUAAAGCCGGACUACAAUUUGAAUUAUUAAGUUUAAAAUUAUAUUUUUCACAGCUCUUGGUUGGAAUACUUUU